CUGUAACCAUUGAUGGGGCCCGCGCGCCGCUGCAGCCCGGCUCCGCCGCGCUCCCAGCCACCGCCUCCUUCUCCCGGCUCCGGGUCUUCCCCUUCCUCUCACAACUGAUCCUGUUGGGGAUUUUUUUUUUCUUCUUUCCUAUAUUGGAACGGUGGGGAGGAGCGGGGAGGGGGGCCAGGAGGAGGAAGGGGAGAGAUCAGGCAGCUCUCUAUCUCCUCCUGUUUUUUUUUUUUUUUUUUUUUUUCUUCCUUCUCCCCGGAACAGGUGAUGCUGCUAAAUCGUGACCACUUUCUGGAAGAAACGCUCUGCAGCUAGGAGGAUGCGGGCGACCUAGACUGGAAGCCCCGGGGCGGCCGAUCUGAAGCCACCGAGGAUAAAAACAAAAAACAAAAAAAACCAAAAUACCCCCAAACUCUGACUGCAUCGCGCUUGGAGGAAAGGGGGCCGGUUGAUUUCUCUCCAAGAGGGCCCCCCAAACUUCGGCGCUUGCCCCGCUUUCUCGGAUUGCCCUGGAGAGCAGCGUUUUGCCGGCGGCGUUGGAAAGUCGGGGGAAAAGUCACUUUGAAGGCGACGGUAGGGGGACCAGACUCUCUCUCUCUUUUUAAAUGUUUGGGAUUCAAGACACGCUAGGAAGAGGACCGGCUCUGAAGGAAAAGUCGCUGGGCGCCGAGAUGGAUUCGGUCAGGUCCUGGGUCCGGAAUGUCGGCGUGGUGGACGCCAACGUCGCCGCUCAGAGUGGAGUGGCCCUGUCCCGGGCCCACUUCGAAAAGCAGCCUCCUUCUAACUUGAGGAAAUCCAACUUCUUUCAUUUUGUCCUGGCGCUCUACGACAGGCAGGGACAGCCAGUGGAGAUUGAGCGGACGGCCUUCGUGGACUUUGUGGAGAACGACAAAGAGCAAGGCAACGAGAAGACCAACAAUGGCACCCACUACAAGUUACAGCUUCUUUACAGCAACGGUGUCCGAACAGAGCAGGACCUCUACGUCAGGCUCAUCGACUCUGUCACCAAACAGCCCAUAGCCUAUGAGGGACAAAAUAAGAAUCCCGAAAUGUGCCGAGUCCUGCUGACACACGAGGUGAUGUGCAGCCGAUGCUGCGAAAAGAAGAGUUGUGGGAACCGGAAUGAGACUCCGUCCGACCCCGUCAUCAUCGACAGAUUCUUUUUAAAAUUUUUCCUGAAGUGCAAUCAGAAUUGUUUGAAAACAGCGGGAAACCCAAGGGACAUGAGACGGUUCCAGGUGGUGUUGUCAACAACAGUCAAUGUGGACGGACAUGUGCUGGCUGUUUCCGACAACAUGUUUGUUCAUAACAACUCAAAGCACGGAAGGAGAGCGAGAAGGCUUGACCCAUCAGAAGCUACACCCUGCAUCAAAGCCAUCAGCCCAAGUGAAGGCUGGACCACAGGAGGAGCCAUGGUCAUCAUCAUUGGUGACAACUUUUUUGAUGGUCUCCAAGUUGUGUUUGGUACCAUGCUUGUAUGGAGUGAGCUUAUAACCCCUCACGCCAUCAGAGUACAGACCCCUCCCCGGCAUAUCCCCGGAGUUGUGGAGGUGACACUGUCUUAUAAAUCCAAACAGUUCUGCAAAGGAGCCCCGGGCAGGUUCAUUUACACAGCCUUAAAUGAACCCACCAUAGACUAUGGCUUCCAGAGACUGCAGAAAGUCAUCCCGAGGCACCCAGGAGACCCAGAGAGGCUAGCUAAAGAGAUGCUAUUGAAAAGAGCUGCGGACUUAGUGGAAGCCCUUUACGGCACACCUCACAAUAACCAGGACAUCAUCUUAAAGCGUGCUGCCGACAUUGCAGAAGCCCUGUACAGUGUCCCCAGGAACCCCAGCCAGAUUCCAGCUCUCUCCAGCUCCCCAGCUCACAGCGGUAUGAUGGGCAUCAACUCUUACGGCAGCCAGCUCGGGGUCAGCAUCUCGGAAUCCACACAAGGAAACAACCAAGGAUACAUUCGCAACACAAGCAGCAUCUCCCCGCGGGGAUACUCCUCCAGCUCCACGCCUCAGCAAUCUAAUUACAGCACCUCCAGUAACAGCAUGAAUGGCUACAGCAAUGUUCCUAUGGCCAACCUGGGGGUGCCAGGAUCGCCGGGAUUUCUGAACGGCUCGCCCACAGGCUCCCCAUACGGAAUCAUGUCAUCGAGCCCCACCGUUGGAUCCUCCAGCACUCCCUCCAUCCUCCCGUUCUCCUCUUCCGUAUUUCCCGCCGUCAAGCAGAAGAGUGCCUUUGCCCCUGUCAUCAGGCCCCAAGGCUCCCCUUCGCCCGCCUGCUCCAGUGGCAACGGAAAUGGAUUCAGAGCCAUGACGGGACUUGUCGUACCCCCGAUGUAAAGCAGAGGAAGAACUAUAGCACAAAACUACUUGUUUCAAUGGACCAGGUUAUGAAGGAAGCACUCUGGAACUUGCUGGGGGAGACUUGAGCCCCCUGGUGGCCACGUUGGACAGAUUUGGAAAGGCAAAGAGCCGCCAUCUUGGUCUCACGUUCCUCCUGAAGCUGACAGUAACUCUACAAACUGACCCUUUUGGAGACAAGGACAGACAAAGGUCAUUGACGUGGUCAGUGCUGAGAGCAGAAAUGCAAUUCUUUGUUAUGAACAUUAUGAAAAACACCUUCCUAUGUUUGUAAAAUAUUUAAGAAAAACAUUGGCAAACAUUCAUGCUUAAUAUUUUGGAUACUAUUUGUUUUUCUUUGUAGGAAAAAAAGUUGAAAGUUUCUAUUUUCUAUGAAUCCUUUCAGAUACCAAUUUAGUUUAUGCAGAAAAAAAAAUUGAACAAAACAGGGUACCAGCAUGGAAGACUUUCUUAAAAUGAAACCUGAAUUGAACGAGGAAAUGUAUGCGUGUUUGCUUAUACUUUAAGCUCUUACAAAAAAACAAAAAAACAAAAAAACAAAAAAAACAAAAAGGGAAAAAAAUUUAAAAUGUUUUACAGUUAUUUAAAUAAAUAAACGUGUAACUUAUUGUAAGUAGAAGUAGAAAUUAAGACUUUUUUUUUAUAAGAGAGGAAUUUCUCUUCCUGAUGUAAAAUGAAAUUGACACAAACAGGUAGUGACAAGUUUCAACGGUGUGUGGUUAUUACAGUUGCUUAUUAGAUUCUUAUCCUACAUCCCUCAUCCCCCUCUUUUUUCCAUCAUUUUAUCGACCCAUAAUGCAAGAACAUGCAACGUGCAGAUUCCCACAGAACCACCUCCCCACGAGACCAGACUCAGAUAAAUGCUGGACACGAACACUCUAACCCAUCGCUUCGUUCCCAGACCUGCUUUCUAGUUCACGGGUCACUUGUGGUGUCCACUCUCGGUGAAGCAUUUAAAACACACACACACACACACACACACACACACACACACUUCCCUGAGCAAUGCAGGGAAUCCCCAAGUUACUGGCUCAGCUUUGAACAUCCCUAGGCAGGAAGCACCUAGGCAUCUCACCUCCAAGAAGGGCCAAAGCCAGACGACUUGAGUGACUAAGGGGGCUCCUCAGAACCUCACCCUGACAUUGCCAUGCAGCCCCUCUUCUCUGGGUGCCUGAUCCAGGAGCCGAGGCCAGAGGCUCCCCGGGGCUUUGUGGAAAGAGUUUCUUUGUGGAAAGAAAGGGCUGUGGUGUGUUCCUUAAGACUCAGUCUCCGACUGUUUCCUUUCUAUGCAGUUUUCCUUUUAUGUUAUUAAACUCCCCCCGGAAGAGCGUGGAUCUCGCCUGACAUUGUGUCUGGAGGAGCGGGCUCGGGUGAAGGAGAGAGACUCAAAAACCCCCUAAAGCCUCUUUUCCACUGCCCCAAGACAGGGAGCUGGGAUUCCCGGGCCAUUGGUAGGCCGCUGGCCGCUGUGCUCCAGGCGGUGCCUUAACGCAUCCUGCCCCGGGAGCCCCGAGCCACCUACCCGGUUCUCAGCAUAGAUGCUAACAGUGGGAGACUCUCGUCAUGAUCCUCCAGGUCAAGGGCCGUCUCCCUGAGUUCACAGACUUAGCUGGGGGUUCUCGGCCAGGCUGUGCGCGCUGGAAAACCGACGCAGCUUUUGUGGACAAAGCACCAUGAGUACUUCUGAGCCAACCUUAGAUGACCCUCUCGUUGCCCCCACCGAUCCACGCCUUUCACUUACCCAGCCCUCGACUGUUUUAUCUGCCUUCAGUUUGCUCUGGAGUUAUCCAGCGUGACUUUUUUUUUUUCUUUCUAAUUUUUCUACACACAUGAGAAUCCACAAUUUUAGGAACCUGGCAUGCUCAUAACUGCUGCUCAAAGUCCUUCAUAGUCAGGGCUCAACAGCGCCAAGACAUACGGAAGUGCAUGAGAAAAAGACUUCCCUGGCUAGCAAUCCCGACCCGGGGCAAAGAAUGCGUGGGUUACAAACCUUACCUUACCAUCCCCAAAUGGAGGCAGAACAAAAUUAAGCAUGUUUAGACCUGGAUUUGAGCCAAUCCAACAUAAGGACUUCUUGUUUUGUUUUGUUUUGUUUUGUUUUCCUUUUAAGUAGCAUAGCUUUUAGAAACCUGUGACUCUUUCUCUUGCAUGAAGAUUAGUGCAGUACUGUCUUCAGAAUGAUCGUAGACUGUGUCAGUAGCUUUACACCGAAGACUGUGUGUAACUAAAUACCAGACAUCUUUGACUGUUCACUAGGACCUCGGCAGCCACAGAUCUAUUUAAUUGUACAAACGUGUGUAAGGAUUACUUUUAGUGUACUAAUAAAUUAAAAAACAAAGCCACUCUGUCCUCUUUGGUCAUUGCUAUGAAAUGAUUCUGGUCCCAGGUUAUUUUUUUUGCGCCGCUUGGCAGACAAGUAUCUCUUGUCUAUAGGUAAGGACAGAAUUCUGUUCUAUUUUUGAGAGGAACUGUGUAAGAUUCUUCAUUUAAAGGGACAACUUAUUUCAUUAUUUAUCUGAUUCCUUUUGUUAACAGCAUCAAUUCUUUCCAGUUUUUCUUUGCACAUUUCAACAUGCAUGGUUUAAAAACCAUUGUCUUUACCUUUUGUACAGUACGGUCUCACUUCCAAACUGUAUAGUUUUGUUGUUGUUUUUUUUUUCUUUGCUUUGUCAGUUACAUACAGUAUAAAGUUGCUAUGCACAGAGCUUUUUGUAAAGACAGCUUUUUGUUUGUUUGUUUACUGUUUUUAAUGGUCUUCCUUAUGAAAAAAAAUAUCUUGUUUGUAAAAUGAAUAUGUCUACUUCAGUUUUAAACUUUAAAUUAUCCUAACAAAAAAAAUAAAA